UGUGCGGGCCUGGCCACUGCCGCCUCCUCCGCCUCCUCCCCCCGGGGCGAAGGGCAGCAGGCACUCUAGGGCUGGACAAACGUGCGGACCUCAGCCAUGGCCGGGUCUGGGUUUGAGUCGCUGGAGCGGUGCUUGGAAAAACAUUUGCCACUCACAGAACUGCAGGAGGUCAAACGUCUUCUCUAUGGCAAAGAGACCAGGAAGCUCGACCUGCCCGGCGCGGCUCUCGAGGCUGCCUCCAGAGGGGACUUCGAGCUGCAGGGCUAUGCGUUCGAGGCCGCCGCGGAGCAGCAGAGAAGGCCCCGGACCGUGCGUGUGGGGCUCGUUCAGAACAGGACCCCGCUCCCCGCAGACACACCCGUGGUGAAGCAGGUCGCCGCCCUCCACAGGCGCAUGGAGGCCGUCGUGGAGGUGGCUGCCAUGUGUGGAGUCAACGUCGUCUGCUUCCAGGAGGCGUGGACGAUGCCCUUUGCUUUCUGUACGAGAGAGAAGCUUCCGUGGACGGAAUUUGCCGAGUCAGCGGAGGACGGGCCCACCAUCAAGUUCUGUCAAGAGCUGGCGAGGAAGCACAGCAUGGUGGUGGUGUCCCCCAUCCUGGAGCGAGACUCGGCCCAUGGGGACGUCCUGUGGAACACGGCUGUGGUCGUCGCCAGCUCCGGAGCGGUCCUGGGCAAGACGAGGAAGAACCACAUCCCCAGAGUGGGCGACUUCAACGAGUCCACGUACUACAUGGAGGGAAACCUGGGCCACCCCGUGUUCCAGACCCAGUUCGGGCGGAUCGCCGUCAACAUCUGCUACGGGCGGCACCACCCCCUCAACUGGCUGAUGUUCAGCAUCAACGGGGCCGAAAUCAUCUUCAACCCCUCCGCCACCAUCGGAGCGCUCAG